AUGGCGGACCCUAAACACCCAUACUUCCCAUUAGACGCCGUGAUCCCAGGCUAUAUCCCCAACAUCACCGGAGUCACAGAAUUGAUAGUUACAUUUGGUGCCAUAGUCGGUGCUGUUGUCGUCUCUGCCCUGUGGCAGACUACACGUACUCAGAAACCAGUUCGCCCUAUUGAUCGCUUUGCUGUUGCUUGGUUUGCGCUCUGCGCUUUCUUGCAUGUGGCUUUUGAAGGAUACUAUCUCGUGUAUCGCCAUCAACUACCUAGCAUGUCAACUCUCUUCGCCCAGCUAUGGAAAGAAUACACGCUCUCAGACUCCCGCUACCUCACACACGACAUCUUCACCGUGAGCGUAGAGACAAUCACAUUUGUAAGUCUCCCUCCUCCCCCUCUCUUUCAAUGGUUCUUCCACAGUCUCACACAACUUGUCCCCCUCUCUGCAAAGCUCGCAUGGGGUCCCCUCUCGCUCCUCACAGCGGUCGGCGUCCUCAAGGACUGGCACAGCCGCCACGUCGUGCAGGUCAUCGUGUGCACGGCGCAUGCGUACGGAGUCGCCCUCUACUACCUGACCAACUGGAACGAGUCGAGGGUGCAUGGCGUGGCGUACAGUCGCCCCGAAGCACUGUACUUUUGGGUCUACUACGUGGGUUUCAACCUUCCCUGGGCAGUUGUGCCUCUUGUGCUGCUGCGUGAUAGUUGGCAGCAAGUUUCCCAGGCGUUUGCUGCUCUAGAGGAAAAGAAGAUGGAGUGA